AUGGACCCCCAACUCACCAAAGACACCUUCUGCACCUAUACAGGCCCGGAAGACCAGACACAGACGACCAUCUUCUUUGUAACGGGAAACCCAGGGUUGAUCAGCUACUACCAUCCAUUCUUGUCUCUCCUGGCCCGUAACCUUGCUGGCCAAGGUGACCCCGAGCUCAAUGCCACCCAACCCUCUUUCCAGAUCUACGGUUGCAGUCUUGCAGGAUUCGAAGUGGAUGAGGAUCCGAGAAAGUCUGGGCUAAAGCAUGCUUUGUAUGAUGUAGAAGACCAGAUUCGGUUCGUGCAUGAGCGACUUGCAACUGUCAUUUCUAAAACUGCUGGACAAGGCAAACAGAGGGUUAUUCUCAUGGGUCACUCUGUCGGCACGUAUAUUGCUAUGGAGGUCCUGAGGAGACACCGUGACGGGAUACCUGGAACCAAGGAUAUCGCCGGUGCAGGGGAUUAUGAUAUUAUUGGUGCUGUGAUGCUAUUCCCGACGGUGAAGGAUAUCGCUCAUUCUCCCUCUGGGCGGAAACUAACGGCGCUGCUAUUUCUCAUACCGCAAUUCACCCUUGUGGUUAGCUUUCUCGCGCGUGUGCUUACGUUCCUUCUGCCUUCGUCUGUUCUGAAGUCUGUUAUUCGGCUCGUGAUGAAGAACCCCCCGCCACAUGCGUUGAAUGCCACGUUUGAUUUCUUGCAAAAGCCCGGCGGCGUGAGACAAGCUUUAUAUAUGGCUGCUGAUGAAAUGCGCACUAUUACAUCUGACAAAUGGGCCGAUGAUGUCUGGGGCAUUGGAGCUGCCCGGGAACCCAUCCAAAAGAUGUUCUUCUAUUUUGGGCGGAACGACCAUUGGGUUGCUGAAAAGACAAGGGACGAGAUUAUCGAGCUUCGAGGGCGUGAGGGGCUAGGGCCGAAGAUGUUCGUUUGCGAAGAAGGACUGCCCCAUGCGUUUUGUCUAAGGCAUAAUGAGGUGAUGGCGAGAAAGGUUGCCCAGAUGAUACGGGAUAUAGGCCCGAAUUGA